AUGAUGGAUGGAUCCUGGGAUCCGAUACCCUCCAGAGUUUUUGAUGGCUUGGAGUCCUGCUCUGAAGCUCUACAAGUUCUUCGCAAAGCAGAUAACAUCGGGAAGAUCGUCGUCACAGUGCCAUCACUCUUGCAAGUCCGGGAGGGAGCAAAAUACUUGAUGACAGGCGGAACUGGCGCCUUGGGUCUGGCGCUGAGCCGUGCGCUUUUGGAAGAGGGAGUAGAAGAUUUGGUUCUCCUCUCGCGAAGCGGCACUGCACCAUCGAUGCCCUGGCUUGCACGUACAGCUGUCCAAGUGUCCUUCUGGGCAUGCGACCUCAGUGCGGCCGACGCCCACCAGAUCUUGAUACAGAAGGAUGGAUGGAGCUCUCUUGCCGCCGUGUUCCAUCUCUCAGGAAUUAUACAGGAUGGCUCGUUGGCACGGCUGAACAGGCAAGACUUGCAGGCUACCUUCGGUCCAAAAGUUCGUGGGCUGCAUGUACUCCAGCAGGUGCUGAUGGAGACAAAUCGAUGGCAGCACUUGGACUUCGUGCUCGCGUUCUCAUCCACUGCCGCAAUUUUUGGCUCGGCCGGACAGGCGAACUACGCAGCCGCCAACGCGUGCAUGGAUGCCAUGAUGCACAAGUGUCGUUUAGCUGGACAGAGGACGUUGAGCUUGCAGUGGGGAGCAUGGCUAAACUUGGGAAUGGCACAGCCGCACAGCUUGCGGCACCUGUGUCAACAGGGAAUUCCUGUUGAUGUGGGCUUGGCCGCCAUGGCAUCUGCAAUGUCGUUUCUGAGUGUCGAAAGUGCGGUCAGUUUUGCAAUCGUGGACUGGGAGACAUUUCUGAGACCGGUGCAAGCUCGCCAAUACUUCAAUUGCGUGGAGCCUUGUCGCGAUGUGCGCGUUAUUGAUGUUGCGAAAAAGGAUGCUAACCAGAAGAUUAGAGGCAUAGGCAUCCCCUCGCCCUACCAGAAUGCAUUGGACUGGGUACUGGCAGUUCUGACCGGCUUGAUCGGCGAGAUUGGUCCAGAAGACCCACUCACUGCAGCCGGCCUAGAUUCGCUUUCGGCCGUGGAAUUCCGCCGAAAGCUCUCGACCGACAGUGGCAUCCCGCUACCACAAACUCUGGCAUUUGACUAUCCGACUGCCCAGCAAGUGUCGGUCUUUUUGGAAAGUCAAGGUUCUGCAGCACCACGAACCAGCUCUGUUGACAUCCAGAAGAAGGUCUCUGUAUGUGCAGUUCAAGGAAAUUCAUGCCGCUUUCCGGGAGUGGAUGUUUCGACUGCUUCGGCUGCGGAAGCUUCGCAAGCUUGGCAGAUCUUUUGCAAAGAAGUCGAUGCUGUCACAGAGGUCCCGCUACGACGGUUUGACAUCAACGAAUGCUUUGAUGCUAACAUGUCCGGCGCUGAUUUCGUGACAUACGCCCGGCAUGCCAGCAUGCUGGAAGGAACUGAUCUCUUCGACCACCGAAUGUUUGGGAUUUCCAGCAACGAAGCGUCUGCAAUUGAUCCACAACAGCGAAACACUUUGGAGGUCUCCUAUGCGGCCUGCCACGACGCUGGGCGGCUUCGCAAGUCCUUGGCAAAAUCCGCAAUUGGUGUUUUCGUCGGCCAAUGUGCCAAUGACUGGGCAAAGACAUCCAGGGAGCGAAGGGCGGGCACUUUCAUGGGACCGGGCACACACGUGCCUCGUUUCUGCAGUUGA